GUGUUGUUAAUACGGUGGCUGGUGGCGGAAGAGCUCACCACGGGGGUACUGCAGACUGUAUGGAUUAUCAGACUCCCACCAUGGACGGAAUAGGAAGAGGGGCCAGGUUUAAUUACCCUUGGGGUAUCGUUUUCGACGCAGAAGAAAAUGUGCUUUAUGUGGGUGACUGUGGCUGCCCUGAGACGGUCCACAGCAAUGAUCGUUUGAGGAAAAUCGAUAUUAAGACUGGCCGUGUAACGACGUUAGCUGGCAGUGCUCAGGGAUACAAAGAUGGGAUCGGUGAAAAUGCUAAGUUCCGUCACGUGUCAGGCAUAGUCAUGGAUCAAGUGGAAAAAGUUUUAUAUGUUGCCGAUAGUGACGUUAAAGGCAAAGCCCGAAGCAUCUCAGUGGGUCGAAAUCUUAAAAGUUCGACUCGUGCGAUCAUAAUCGGUCCAGCCUUUUCUAAAACGAACAACGCUCCGGAAUUUCCUCUCCAUCUGCCACUAACCGGCAUGAAGGGAAACCAAGAGAAAAAAAUUGUAACUUAUAUUCCUCGACGCCUCUUAAUAUACGAUAAUAACUCCGUAUUGUUUUGUUCCGCUUGUGAAGUGUGGAUCAAUAUUCCCAUCUUAGGUGUAGUCACUUCACUGGCGGGUGGUGGAAGAGAAGGAUUUAAAGACGGUGUUGGAAGACAAGCAAGGUUCAAUUAUCCCGAGGGGUUGUACUUUGACACCGAUUAUAAUUUACUCUAUGUUGCAGAGUUUGAUAGCCAUGCUAUAAGGAUUGUCACCCCUGCAGGUGAAGUAAGGACUCUGGCGGGCGGGACUGAAGGCUUCAAAAAUGGAAUCGGCAAGCAGGCGAGGUUUUUUCAUCCCACUGGGUUAACGUUUGACAACAAAAGAAAAAUUAUCUACGUCACAGAUCAGUAUAAUCACAUGGUGAGGAGUAUCACUGCUGUUGGUUCAACAGUCGUAGAUCCCAAAAAAUCAGGUAAAAAAAUUAGGGAAAUGUUCGAGAUUUUUUAAGGUGUUGGGAAUUAGAUAAUUGCCUGACAACACAGCGGUUUUCCCGAUAAACUCGCGCUAAAAUCAGUCACUCACGAUAUAAUUUUUAACAGAUAUAUUUUUCUCUCACAACGUGCCGAGUUUCUUUUUUCAACACACGUGGUGUAUUUUAGAACAAAGGAUAUACAAUCGGUGAAUGUUUCCUUUGAUUGGUUACAGUUACUAAUGAUGACAGAUUCGAUGCCUAUCCCU